ACUUGCGUUAGCAGUUUCGUAUUUGUGUUAGAUGUGAGUACGGUGUCAGCUGUUUUAUAAACUAAAUGGGCGUAUUUAGAACAAAACAGGGAUGUACAAUCACCAUAUAAUAAUCAGGUGCAAAUAAGCCCUGGACAUGAAUAUUAUGAGGAAAUUAAGAGGUGGGGUUGCUAAUGCAUCCUCCGCCUCUUCUUCCGAUUUCUCUGACACAGCCCCUUCAUCGCCACAUACUCAGCUAGGUUUAAUGCAUCUGAAAAAACUCUUUUCGGAAUACACUCAUCCACCUCACCCCUUAACUGAUCAAGAGAGGGAUGACAAAUUAUACAACAUGCUUCCUCUUUUCUGUAAAGUUUUUGGGUCAAGUCCUACUUGCGAUAUGAAUGAAAAAUUUUGGGACAUCCUCGCUUUCUGUCAUCAAGUAUCCUUGUUGAUGGUGUCAGAAAUUAGAAAAAGAGCUUCAAAUCAGAGUACUGAAGCGGCAAGUUGUGCUAUAGCAAAAUUUCUUGAAAUUGAAAAUUGUGAGGAAUCGAGCAAUGGAUGGAUGUUACUGUCAACUUUAAAUUUGUUAGCAUCGGGUGAUUCUACAUUAGUCCAGGUCAUGUCAGAAGUAUCUGUUCCAUCGACUCUAGUCAAAUGCUUGUAUCUCUUUUUUGACUUGCCUGAACUAUCGGAGAAAGAAGCAAAUAGUAAAGAUUCUACCAGCGAUUUCACUCCUCGUGAAAGGCGAAUUCUUUUGCAAAAGAUAUUUGUUCAAGUUUUGGUACGAUUAUGUAGUCAUAGAAUUCCAGCAGAAGAAUUAGCAAGAAAAGAUGAUCUUACCUUAUUGUUUUCUGCUAUUACCUCUUGGUGUCCACCUCAUAAUAUUAUGUGGCGAAAAAGUGCAGCAGAAGUAUUAAUGACAUUAUCACGACACGGCCUAACUCCUCCUGUUGUUGGAUAUAUCCACUCGAAAUCGUGUGUAUCAUUAUGUAUAGAAAAUAUGAAAAAAAUACCAGAACUGGCACCAUUGGAGUUGGUUGAAAUGUUUGUAACUGUAUUUUGCUUUCUAAAGGACUCUAGCGAAGUUUCAUCAACAUUGCUAGAUGACUUUAGGCAAGCCCAAGGUUAUCCAUUUUUAUCAGAUUUUUUGUUGAAACUAGAAAGUGAAAAAUCUAAUGAAGCGCAGGAGUCAAUAAGAAAUUUAGUUCUAAUGGUUACAUCUUUAUGCAUGUGUGGUUAUAUAGAGUUAAAACCAUCACAAGCCUCAACUGGAUCAUUAUUUCAGAUGCAAGGUUUUAUUUUACCCCAACCAUCUGGUCGAGGCACAAGUAUUAGGAAUAUCCAAGCAUUUCAUGUUCUUCAGAGCACUUUUCUAAAAUCUAAUUCAGCUCUCUUAUGUUCCACUAUAUUAGAUGCUAUUUCUAGCAUUUACCAUUCUGACAAUGCCAAUUAUUUCAUCCUAGAAAACCAGAAUACCUUAAGCCAGUUCACUGAAAAAAUCCAUCAUAAACCAGCAGAAAUUCAACAGAAACUCUUUGAAUUAAUUGAAUUUCUCGUUUAUCAAUUGAACUUUGUACCAUGCAAGGAACUAAUAUCGAUGUCAAUUUUUCUUAAAACCCAUAGUUUAAAUUAUGUAGACUGCAGUAUUUUAUGUAUGCAAACCUUAUUGAACAUCUUGAAACACAAUAUAAUUUUUAAAGACGUUUAUAGAGAAGUAGGAAUGUUAGAAGUAUUCGUCACGUGUUUAAAUAGAUACUCCAAUAUAUUGGAGGAAAAAAAGAUAUUUCAAAAUAAAGGAAAAGAUUACAAGCUUCCAGUAGGACAAGAAAAAUUAGGUGGACUGGUAGUAGAAGCUCUAACGAUAUUAUUGGCCAGUAAUGGAGCAAACGCUAAUGUAUUAAGGGAAUGUGGAGGAGCUAAAUGUGUUCAUGGAUUGGUUCAGUACAUAGAAUGCCGAUAUGCGGUUUUAGGUAUAAUUAAAGAAUUGGUACUAACUACCGGAGGAGAUGAUGACAUGGCACAGCUUCUAACCACCCUUCAUUCUGCACCAAGAACUGACCUUCAGUUAAAGAUGGAUAUAUUAGAAGCUUUAAAGUUAUGUUUGAAGGAAUCUCACAGAACUAGAACAGUAUUUAGAAAGGUUAAUGGAUUUGUGUACGUCACAAGUGUAUUAGUAGCAUUAGAAGGAAGAUUAUCUAAAAAGGAAAAUAAUUCGGAAGUAUUAUAUUUAUUAUGUUUGGUUUUUCAAACGAUCUGCACUGCGAUGAGGUUUGAACCGGCCAAUGCAAAGUUUUUCUACCAUGAAAUUUGCAAAACUAGUCUUUGCGAUACUUUACUACUGUUAGGAUGUUUCACGUCUGAAAAAAUGAAUGUCUUAACUGAAGUUGAAAUAGAAAUGAACAACAACAACCAGAAUUUAUAUCAUAAUAUAUUUGUUGGUUCUACAACAAAUCCUGUCAUUCCUGAUAAAUUACCCGCAUCAUUAGCAUAUAUCGCAGUGAUUUAUAGAUUACUGUAUGACUUAGCUUUAGACUUAUUUGAUAAACCAAAUGUUAAUUCUAACAUAUUUUCCAUAAAAUCACCACCAUUGUCUCGAGAGUCAAGUAUUCAGGGCGAAAACUAUAAUGGAAAAAGGUCAAAUGUCAAUUCCUUGAACUUAAACCCUCCAGCGCCUGAUCCAAUUAUAGUUCAUCCUGGGGUUGUCGUUUGUAUGUUGCAAUUAUUACCAUGCAUUAAAAGCGAACAAAUUGGAAGUUACUUAAGUUUGCAACUAUUUAUUUCUGAAAUCAUAAAAUCACUUGUAAGAAGUGAACGUAACCAACAAGUAAUGUGUGACAAAGGAUUCGCCGGCUACAUUCUUUCUAUAGGAUCAUCCCCUUUGCAAAAUGAAGAUCAUCCUUUGCAUGGUCCCUUACAAUACAUGUUAGAAAGACUAGCAGCUCAAGCUGUAGAACCGACAGACCUAAGACAGUUUUUAAGACUCGGAAAUCCACUUUGUUGUCUGCCACUUGGUUCUAAAGAACCAGGAGGAGGUCCAGUUCCUCUCACAAGAAUAAAAACUUUAGUCUCAAUGACUACUCCAAAAGACUUCAGAGCCCAGUCAUCGUAUACACUACCACCAUUUGUUGAAUUCGACAUGUCAGCCGAAGGUUUUGGUUCUCUUUACUUACCGAGCAUUGCGCCACAAUCACCCUCUGCUCCUAGUGUUGUCUCAGCAGUUGACAGCAGCAUUUUAGGAGGUAUAGGAGCAGGGGACAGAAUAUUUCCUCCACAGACAGGUUUAAGCUAUUCAACUUGGAUAUGUGUCGACAAGUUUUCUGAUCCUCGAUCUGAUCCCCACUGUGUGAGAUUAUUAACUUUACUCCGAAACUUCAAUGGCAUCCGUGAAGAUCAUUUGGUUUGCUUGUCCAUUGUUUUGUCAGCAAGAGACAAAGCUAUUAUUGUAUCUACGCAAGAAACUCACAUUCCAAAUCAUAUUGGAGACUGGGAGCCUGAAGGCUCAGGGGAGCAUGGAGCUAGGGUGUGGUGUCCAGACAUUCUUCAAGAAGGCCAGUGGCAUCAUUUAGUUGUCGUUUUGAACAGAGCAGUAUUAAAAAAUUCUUCAUUUUCUUUAUACCUAGAUGGUCAGCAAAUUCAUGCGCAGAAAAUGCAUUAUAUUUCUCAAAACCCAGGUGGAGGUUCAGCAAAUUUAACAAUUGCGACGUCUGUGUAUGGGUUUAUAGGGACUCCACCAGCUUGGAGAAGAUAUUCACGUCUGUGCUGGAAACAAGGGCCUUGUCACCUGUUUGAGGAGGUACUGACGCCAUCGACAGUUUCUCAAAUGUACCACUUGGGCCCCCACUAUAUGGGUUCAUUUUUAGCACCCAAUUUGAACAGUCCAGAAGCAACUCAACUAGUAACAGAAGAAAAAGUUGUAUUUGGCUUGAACGCAAAAGCUGUGUCACAAUUAACACUAAACAAAAUCAGGAAGGUCUAUAGCAGAACCGAUAAUAAGUCAAUUGCAAAACAGUUAGGAAUGUCUAGUCAUGAAAAUGCCACUCCAAUUAGAAUCUUGCAUAAUUCUGCAGGACAUUUGGCUGGAUCUGCAAGGACUUUGGGAGGGGUAGUUAUAGGAUAUUUAGGCGUAAGAGUGUUUUGCCCUCGACCGGUGGCUACUACAAUAGAUACAGUAGGUGGUUGCUCGGUUCUUUUAGGACUUAUUGCUAUGGCACAAGAUGUUGAAAGUUUGUAUGCUGGUGUUAAAGCUUUAGUUUGUGUUGUACGGAGCAAUAAAGUGUGUCAGGCAGAAAUGGAUAGAAAAAGAGGUUAUCAGACAUUGGCGAUGUUACUUAGGAGAAAACGGACGUUACUAAAUUCUCACAUACUUCAUCUAGCAUUUAGUCUUGUCGGAACAGUCGAUAGUGGGAGAGAAUCAUCAGCUAUACCUAAUCGAACAGCUUUUCAAGAUCUUUUAUGUGACUUGGAAGUUUGGCAUGAAGCUCCUGGAGAACUGUUGAGAUCACACUUAGAACAUCUUUAUGAGUUGGCAGCUGAAUCUAAUGAGAAACGUAACAACACGUGGAUAAUGCGGGACCUGCAAUUAGUUGAAAAACUUUUACAUAUUACCCCCGAUGUUAAGCAUCCAGCUACAAGACAAGUAUUAUUUUCUUUAUUGGGUAUAUUAUUAAGUGGGCAACCAAGACAAAACGAUCUGUUAUUAUUUGGCCAAUUUAUUGCAUCUACUCUACCUCAGUCGUCCACGCCUUCAGAAAAAAUUUUGGAGUUGCGAGAAACCGAGUCCGAGAAGGAAGGCGAGGGGGAAAAUAUUCUCCUGAGAAACAGAUGUUUAGGACUUUUACAUAAUUUGGUAUUUGCAAGUAGGAAUCAAAUCGGUGAAGAAAUUGCUCGGACAUUAGGGUUUGAUUGGUUAUUACUUUUCAUGCAGCCCCACAUUCACUCAUCUACAGUGGUUUGGGCUUUACGAAUCUUAGUGGCUAUUUGCUCAAGUCCCUCGCUAUUGUUACGAUUUCGUGAGGGCAGCAGCAAUGGGGGAUGGCUUCGAUACACUGAACAAGUGGCUCAUAAUAAAAUGGCGGUGGUUUUAGGAUAUCAGUUAAAUAGCAUCCAGUGCAAUGACAUCAAGGCUGAAGCAUUGCAUAUUCCUGGUUUUCAGUAUUUAAACUGGUUACUUCCGCACCACCUGGAAAUACCUGAAAUCUAUUUUUUAUUGACUGCUUUAAUGAUGGGUCAACCUGCAAAAUUAUUGCCUUCUGAAAUAAAAUUCGAUUUGGAUACUGUUUGGGCUUUCCUCUGGGGCAGUUCUAUAAACAACCAGCCGAUUAAUAGUGUGAUUCCUCGAAUAAAUCUAUGCCCAGAGGCAGUUGUAGUUUUGCUGGUAAUGGCUAGAGCGAUGCUACAUUCUGAUCACAAUGCUUUACCGGCGUGGUUACAAAAUCAUACCGUCUCUAUUAUUCAGGUUCUCUUUCAACUGUAUCACAACAUGCCCGAAUUCAUGCCAAUUUUUAUGUCUUCAGAGGUCUUGGGGGCUUUAGCUGGCGUAUUAUUUCCUACUCACUCCACUCUGUUAGAAAGCACGGAUAGUAGUGGAGCAUCAACACCUGCCGAAGAAGCCGAAAAUCUCAUAAUUGUUCCAAGAACACCAUCAGAAGAGGAACCGUUAACAACACACCCAGCAAGGCAAUUCAUCAUCGACUUUAUCCGAGUUAUUGUAGUUGACUCCUUAAGUUUGUCAGUUACUGGGAAAAGUUCGCCUGUGGUGGACUUGGUCCUUGAUGCCUACCCAGAAAAUUCUAAGAUUUCCCAACAAAUCUGUUACCAGACUGAGAUUUUAGUUACCUUAAUGGAUCAUCUGUUAGCUGCGGAUAUGUUAGUUGGUGAUCAAGCUGCUAUACCUGUAGUGCCGUUGGUAAACGCUCACAUUCAGCACGUGGCGCCAAAUGUUUUUUAUUUAACUGCAAGGAUUGUUGAUAAGUUGUGGCAAGGAUCGCUUACUAAGGAUCCGCAUGAGGUGUUUGAUUUCAUUGUCAAAUUAAUUGGUCAAGUUAAAAGGAGAACUGGAAAUUUAUCUAUGGAAUGUUUAUACCACUGUUUGAAUAGAUGCAUUUUAUUCCUACUUUCUCGUCCAACAGAUUCCAUCGCAGACCAAAUGUCGGUGUUAGAGGCUUUACAUAAACUAACAACAAAUAGAUUAAUUGUGUUUGGAGCUGGCAACCAUGAGUUGGACUUCAUCGGAUGUCUGACCUAUUGUCUGCUGCAAUUGACAGCAGACAUGAAAGUCAUGCUAGAGUCUAACAUGAGAACGACUUGGCAUGUGAAUCCUAGCAGUGACCUUGAAUCACGUGAUGAACAACUGAACUCCCAUCAAGGACGCAAUCUCAUGGCUGGGGCAGCGUUACGAGUAUGGGAGGAAUUAUAUGUCUGCAAAAAGCCAGCUAUAGAGGAAGUAUUUAAAGUACCAUUAGCACUGCCUAAUCAAAACGCAAAAGCUCCCGAUCUGACUAUUGUUCGGGAACAGGUGUUUGAGGCUGCAGCAAAACUUUGGUUGAAUUAUGUAGAAGCUGAAAGGAAAGCUCUGUACCGGGUCCCAUGGGAGCUACAUAAUCAGAUCCAGUCGAAAAUCCAUAAGGUAACAGGUGGAUUAACGAGAUUAGCUAGUAGAACCAAAGUUAGAAAAGAUGAUACAAUGCGAGUUAGGAUUCGCAUGGGCAAAAAACAAGCUUUAGCUUGGAUGUUAAGUCAUAUCAACCUAUUAAAGGAAUUGGUGGAAAUGAGGCACCAACAACAUCAAAACACAACUCAGCAUACCCAGAGGUACGUACAUCAAGAAUGGUUACAGACUGAAAAUGAAUUGACGAGAGAACGAGGUCUUUGGGGGCCCCCAGAGCCUUGCUACCUAGACAAAUGGAUGUUAGAUAUGACUGAAGGACCACACAGGAUGAGAAAAAAGACUAUGAAAAACGAUUUAUUUUAUUUACAUUAUCCUUACAGGCCUGAACAUGAAAAAGGCAUGUUAAAGUACAAAGUAGCUACUAGUUAUCACAGUAAAGAAUAUUUUAAUGCAAUCCAGUUAAGAAAACAUAUAGGUGUUAGUGGGCUUAGCGAACCAGAAAGAUCUGAUAGUGUAAUCGAAGAGCCUACUCCAUUGCCUUUUACCCCCACCCUUCCACAACUUGCACGAUUGAAAUCUGAUCCCGAGGAUCAGCAGGAAGACGGUGAUGCUGAAGAAGAGCAGUCACCACAGCCUGAUAACCAAACCCUUUUAAGAUUACUUGAUGAAAACGAAAAGAUUACUUACAUGUUCAGAUGUGCAAGGAUUCAAGGUUUAGAUACAACAGAAGGAUUGUUACUGUUUGGUCAAGAACACUGUUAUGUUGUGGAUGGGUUUACGUUAUUGAAAAAUAGAGAAAUUCGAGAUAUUGAAAGUGUUCCACAUAACACGAAUGAAUAUGAACCAAUCUUACCUAAUCCAGGUUCACCUCGAAGAUCCAGGGCGAUGAGACAGUGUUCUAGAUUCUCUUAUGAUGACAUCAGAGAGGUACAUAAACGGAGGUACCUUUUACAACCCAUGGCUUUGGAGGUGUUUUCUGGAGAUGGUAGAAAUUAUCUGUUAGCUUUUCCAAGAAAAGUAAGGAAUAAAGUUUACCAAAGAUUUAUGGCUUUAGCGACUGGCAUUGCUGACAGCGCCCAACAGUCUGUUGCUGGUCAAAAACGAACUGCUAAUGUUGAACAAGCAACCAGUUUGUUAAGCAAUCUUAUAGGAGAAACGAGUGUAACACAAAGAUGGGUGAGAGGUGAAAUAUCAAACUUCCAGUACCUGAUGUAUUUGAACACUCUAGCUGGAAGAUCAUAUAAUGAUUUAAUGCAGUAUCCAGUUUUUCCCUGGAUUUUAGCCGACUAUGACUCUGAGGAGUUAGAUUUAACAGAUCCGUCAACUUUCAGGGAUUUUACUAGGUCUAUGGGAGCACAAAGUCCUGAAAGAUUAGAACAAUUCAAAAAAAGAUUUAAGGAAUGGGAUGAUCCCCAUGGCGAAACUCCUCCAUAUCAUUACGGAACUCAUUAUUCUAGUGCGAUGAUAGUGUGUUCGUAUUUAGUUCGAUUAGAACCUUUUACUCAACAUUUCUUACGAUUACAGGGAGGUCAUUUUGAUUUGGCUGAUAGAAUGUUUCAUUCGGUUAAAGAAGCGUGGUUAUCUGCUUCAAAACACAAUAUGGCUGACGUUAAGGAAUUAAUACCAGAAUUUUUUUAUUUGCCUGAAUUUCUGUGCAAUUCGAACAAAUUUGAUUUGGGUAUUAAGCAAAGUGGGAUUGGUCUUGGAGACGUAGUGCUUCCUCCGUGGGCUAAACAAGACACUAGAGAAUUUAUAAGGGUGCACCGGAUGGCACUGGAAUGUGACUAUGUUUCACAAAGCCUUCACCAUUGGAUAGAUUUAAUAUUCGGCUGUAAGCAGCAGGGCCAGGCAGCGGUAGAGGCUGUCAAUGUUUUUCAUCAUCUUUUUUAUGAAGGAAAUGUGGAUAUUUAUAAUAUUGAUGAUCCUUUGAAGAAAAAUGCUACUAUUGGUUUUAUAAAUAAUUUUGGACAAAUACCAAAGCAACUUUUCAAGAAACCUCAUCCUUGUAAAAAAAUGGGCGUAGGAAGUAACAGAACGUCUGUUAUCGAUACUGGAUCCAUUGUCCAAGCUUUCAGUUUACCACAACCUGAAAAAUUAUUCUUCCAUCACCUUGACAAUUUAAGGCCUUCAUUGCAACCAAUUAAAGAAGUCAAAAGUCCUGUUGGACAAAUUCUUCACGUAGACAAAACACUUCUGGCAGUAGAACAAAAUAAGGUGUUAAUGCCGCCAACUUUCAAUAAAUAUGUCGCAUGGGGCUUUGCUGACCAUUCCCUUAGGAUAGGAAACUAUGACAGUGACAAAGCAGUAUUCGUUUCUGAAAGUGUUAUUCAAAAUAACAGUGAAAUACUGACAUGUGUAUGCCCAUCUCCAAAACUCAUAGUGACUGCAGGAACAAGUUCAGUUGUCACUGUGUGGGAAUAUGAAGCAAGGAAAAAAUCCUUAAGCAUAAAACACAGCCUCUAUGCUCACACAGACGCUGUUACUUGCCUCGCUGCGAGUCCAGCCUACAAUGUUAUAGUCUCGGGUUCAAGGGAUUGUACCGCAAUUAUAUGGGAUCUAUCUCGCGGGGUGUUUGUAAGACAGCUACGUGGUCACGCCGGUCCAAUAGCAGCCGUGGCAGUAAAUGAUUUAACAGGGGAUAUUGCAACUUGUGCAGCUACUUGGCUGCACGUAUGGAGUAUAAAUGGUGAUGAGUUAGCCAACGUGAACACUUGCGUUGGAAGAGCCGAUCGUAUGCAACAGAUUUUAUGUGUUGCAUUUUCACAAACCCACGAGUGGGAUCAUCUUAAUGUGAUUAUGACUGGUUCAACAGAUGGAGUUACAAGAAUGUGGUCCAUAGACUAUGUACAAGUGCCAGACGAGGACAGUACAAAUACCUCAAUCCAAAAGUCUCCAAUAGAAUCUAAGUCUCCAAAAUCUCCAAAAUCCUCAAACGAAUCAACUGUUAAAGCAGCACCUAUUCAUCAUCGUCUUGUUAAACAAAUUAACGUUUCUAGUGACAGUUCAGGGUUGUGUCUUAUGAAGUCUGGUUCUGAAAGUAGCCUUUCUGAAGAUAAUACAAGGCGGUCUUCAGUAGACAGACAAAGGAGUGACGAAAGUAGUAGUAAAGAAUGGAGAAGUGAACAGCAAGAUGAAAAAGAGACUUGCAGUGAUACUGAAGAAACAGCACCUCCUGUUGCUCCAGUGAGAAGAAGAAGGUCCAGGAUUCAUGUUAGUUUUAGAAAAAGUGAAGGAGGAAAUAGCGCAGACAGUGUAAGUUUAGACGUUGAUGAUGGAUCAGGUAUGAGAACGAGUAAAUCGGACACCAGCCUAACAGAUUCAUUUGUUAUGGUCUCGGAGGCAAAGAAAAGGACUACCAAUCCAAUGAAUUCUCUUAGACCUGGUUUUAAAUGGCAAAGACAGCUUGUAUUUAGAAGUAAAUUAACGAUGCAUACAGCCUAUGACCGUAAAGACAAUGCCGAACCUGCUUCAGUAACAGCUUUAGCCGUGUCCAAGGACCACCGAUCCGUAUAUGUCGGGGAUACAAGGGGCAGGGUCUUUUCAUGGAGUGUCUGUGAUGUUCCUGGGCGGGCGGCUGAUCAUUGGCUGAAGGAUGAAGGGGCAGACUACUGUGCGGCAUGUAGCAUUAGGUUCACUAUAUAUGAACGAAAACAUCAUUGUAGAAACUGUGGUCAAGUUUUUUGUUCCAAAUGUAGUAAAUUUGAAAGUGAAAUAUCCCGACUACGUAUUCUAAAACCCGUUAGAGUGUGCCAGAAUUGUUACGCCUCAUUAAAAUCAGAACGUUAAAGAUGAAUUGCUGCAUUCUAUUUAUUAACCGUACCACAGUAUGUAUUAGAAAAUGUUUACAAAACGUGUAUAGAUACCACUGUAAAUUGAUAAAUAGGUUUAAAAAAAAUUAUAUAUAAAAGUUUAUACAUUGUUGUUAUUGUUUUACACUUUA